AUGACCACGAGCGUGUUGGAGCGAAACGUUCAACGGAAGAUGGAAGGCAUGAACAUGAACCACGAGGCGAUGCUUCGAAAGGUGGUUCUCGAAUUUCAUCACCCGAAGAGCGUGUGGCACGUGCACGAGACGCGAGGGUUCUCCUCGCUCGCGAGCUCGACGAAAAGCGAGGGCGGCGACGACGGCGGCGACGACAAGAAAAAGCACACCGGCAGGGAGCUUCGCAUGUGUCCGAACCCCACGGACGCGUCGCGCCGCGGCGUCAGGCGAUCUGAGGACGAGGGAAUCAUCGACGCGAGCGGCGGGCGCGCGUCGCCGUCGUCGCGCGCGCGACUGCCGCAGGAGUGGCUGAGCGCGGUUCCGCCGACGUCGCCGAAGACUUCCUCUUCUCGGCUGAAAUCCAGCUCGUCGCGUCAAAACCUGAACGCGGACCGCGGCUCGGAGAACCAGCUCCCGAAAGGGUGGGAGUCCAUGCAGGACGGCGCGAGCGGCGAGAGCACGCGCGGCGGCAUCGGAAGCACGAUUUCCUCGCUCAAGCCCGUGCGGUACGCGGUCGAAGAGUCGCAAAAGGACACGCGGAAGGCCAAGUGUCUGCGUCCGCUGUUAAAAUUCUUCGGGUUCCUCGACCGCGACGGCAAGCCUGUCACCGGCUCGACUUCCAAGAGCGCUUCCAAGAGCACGAAACUCUCCUGGUUCGAGCACCCGGAGGCGCACACGCAAUACGCGAGCGGGAAGGUGAUGUUCAAGACGGAAGUCUCGAGGGUCAUGGCGACGGUGUUUUACACCCCCGGCCUCAUGGAACUCGUGGACUCGCUCACGAGAGACGCGAAGGACGACAAGGACGUCGGACACCACCCGCGAAUCUGGAACAUACCCCUGCCCGCGGAGCUUCACGGGAAGACGAUGGGGGAGGCGUUUCAACACUUCGCGGGGAAGGAGGCGCUCGUCAUCGGCGUCUUCAGAGGCGUCAGGCGGCGGCGCAAGGACCGAGGAGGGAGAAGAAGCGCGCGCGGGAGCCACCACGACUUCCUCCAGCACUCUGAAUUCGACACCCUCGAUCGCUCGGACGACGGCUCGAGCUCGGACAGCGACGGCGACGGCGACGACGAUUUGUCUCCGCCGGACCACAGCUACGUCCUGACCGCGCCGCCGCACAACGUCAGGCUCACGAAACACGACGGCGUGUACGUCAUCGCGACCACGGACUGGGCGUGGAGCAACGCCCCGGAGCUCGUGAAGCUUCGCAAGGUCGCCGCGGUCAUCACGCUGCAGCGGCAGGUGCGCGCGCAGAUCGAGAAGCGCAAGGCGACGCGUCGCGACGAAAUUUUGGAGGCGCAGGGAUUCGAUCGCGCCGGGAACAACACCGCGAAUCCGACGGCGGCGGCGAUGCCGACGACCGCGUCGAUGCUGCUGUCGAGGAGGGAGAACAGCUGGACGCGCGCGGCCGCGCUCGCGACCCGCGGGCGGAGGAGCUCGCUGAGCGAGGAGACGGACUCGUGGCGGGGGAGUUUCGAGGCGGCGGCGGCGGUGGCGGCGGCGACGGCGCGCGCGCAGACGCCGCCGCCAGGAAAGUAG